AUGGGCGGAGAGGAGCCCGCCGAGGACACCGGCGCGGGGGAGCCCGACACCAACACCGCGACAAACUCCAGCUCGAACGCCUCCGUAAAAGAGCCGGUAGCCCAACAGUCGCAAUGUGACGCCAAUGCCGAGCCUGAGCAAGAUCCCGAUGCCCCGAGCAACGGCCAGGACGAGACAGAACUCCGGGAGAAUGGCGACCAAAAGGUGUCCGAGCCACCCGGGGUUGAGCACUCUGAGCCGAUUGAGCACGGAGUGGCAGACCCCGAGCCAAGCGAAAGCCCAGCUGACCCCGAGACAGUCGAAGAGGACGCAACACCGCAGCUUGCGCAGGACGCGGCAGAUUCAAAGUCGAUCGAGGAUGAUGCAGGACCCAUGCGGCUCCAGGACUCGGCAGUGACACAGCCACCUGGAGACGAGGAGGAGUCGGAGCCGCCUCCAGACGCCGCCGCUGUCGAUCGCCCGCAGGACGGUGACCAGCCUACCGACGACGCCGCUACCGUGGCUGAAUCGCACAGUGGUGAGCCCGAGCAGGACACGCCAGCAGCAGAGCCUGAGUCGGACACGCCGGCGGCAGAGCCCGAGCAGGACACGCCAGCAGCAGAGCCCGAGCAAGACACGUCGGCGGCAGAGCCCGAGUCGGACACGCCAGCGGCAGAGCCUGAGCCGGACACGCCAGCGGCAGAGCCCGACCAAGCCACGCCGGCGGCGGAGGAGCCGACCGAUGCGGCAGAAGAGAGCUACGCCGUGCCGCCCGUCGCCCCGAUGACAGGGCCGACGCUCGAACUGCCUGUGCCCGAGCCGAGUGCGAGCCCGGCGCCGGCCGAGCUCGACGACGCGUUCAGCAUCGUCGUGCCGGGCGCGCCGGGCGACGCGGAUGCGGACGGGGGCGAGGGCGAGGGCGGAGCGAAUGAGGGUGCCACAGGCGAUGUCACAGUGACCGUGCCAGGCACCAGCGACAGUCCAGCGUUCCGGCCGUACUCGGAGACGCCCACGGUGGACGACCUGGUCGCCAUGGACGUGCCUGACGUACGCCUGCCGCGCUGCCUAGGCUGGGGUCCGUGCGAGAUUCGCGGGUGGCUUGGCCGGCUCGGCCUGUCGCAGUACGUGGACGCCCUGCUCAACAACAACAUCUGCGGCCGCCGACUUUGCCUGCUGACGGCGUCCAACCUGCCGCGCAUGGGCAUCACCGACUGGGAGCACAUCCGCACCAUCACCGGCUCCGUGCGCGAGCUGCUCUCCGUCGACGACUACGUGCUGUACGAGCAGACGUACGAGCGGCCGCCGCCUGGCCGCAUGACGCGCGCGCUGUACCUGCAGUGCGCGUGGCCCAGCGGCCAGCCGCCACCCAGCAGCCAGCGCUACGGCCAGUUCCUGCGGCGUCACGGCUUCCUGGACGUGCUGCUCGAAAUGACGAACCGACCGAUCGUGCAGCUACCGCAGAAACCGGCCAGUUCGCUCUACCGCGAGAUCCCAGUCGCGUCCGUGCCGUCCGUACUGUCCAAGCCGUCGCAGAGCGACUCGAUGUAA